AUGUCCACGCGCAUCGGUAAGGCGAUCCGGAGAGACGCGGCGGCGAGCAAGGCGCGGGUGUACGCGAACGCGAACGACGAAAAGCCGCGCGAGUACUGGGACUACGAGGCGCUGAGCGUGCAGUGGGGGGAGCAGGAUGACUACGAGGUGGUGAAGAAGGUUGGGAGAGGGAAGUACAGCGAGGUUUUUGAGGGCCGGAACGCGAGCGGGGAGAAGUGCGUGAUAAAGAUUUUGAAGCCGGUAAAGAAGAAGAAGAUCAAACGCGAGAUUAAGAUUUUGCAAAACCUGGCGGGAGGGAUAAACGUGAUCAAACUCCUGGAUGUCGUGCGAGAACCGACGACGAAGACGCCGAGCUUGGUGUUCGAGUACGUGAACGCGAACGAUUUCAAGGUUUUGUAUCCGACACUGACGGAUUACGACAUUCGGUAUUACAUCUUUGAGCUGCUGAAGGCGUUGGACUUUUGCCAUUCGCAAGGGAUCAUGCAUCGGGACGUAAAACCGCACAACGUAAUGAUCGAUCACUCUAAACGCGAGUUGCGAUUGAUCGAUUGGGGUUUGGCGGAGUUUUAUCACCCGGGAAAGGAGUACAACGUGCGCGUGGCGUCGCGAUAUUUCAAGGGCCCCGAGUUGUUGGUGGACCUCCAGGAUUAUGAUUACUCGCUCGACAUGUGGUCGCUGGGAUGCAUGUUUGCGGGAAUGAUAUUCAGAAAGGAGCCAUUCUUCGCCGGUCACGACAACUACGACCAGCUCGUGCGAAUCGCGAAGGUGCUCGGCACGGAUGAGCUGUACGCGUACCUCAACAAAUACAGGAUCGAGCUCGAUCCCAACUUCGAGGCUCUGAUCGGGAGACACUCGCGCAAGCCGUGGAACAAGUACAUCACGCAGGAAAAUCAGCACUUGGUGAGCAACGAGGCGAUUGAUUUCCUCGAUAAGCUAUUGCGUUACGAUCAUCAAGAACGCAUCACGGCGAAGGAAGCGCAGAGCCACCCGUACUUUGACGUUCUCAAGAAGAAGUAA